UUUGUUGUAAUGGCGCUUUAUUUCUUUUUCGACACUGUCAAAACGCGUUUUAUUUGUUAGGGAAUUUAUAGACAGAGAAAACCAGCGGAAUGAGCCAAUAUGUCAUUUGUUAAAGAGCUGCUGACUGUAAAAGUAAAGUGUGUUUGUAAGCAGUGAUUUAUGAUUCUGUUUGUCGAUGGAAAUGGACUGCAGUCAACUGAACUCCACGGAGAAAACAAGGACCUCGAAGCUGCUUGAUGAAAUAAACGAGAUUUAUCAAGAUAUUAGAGAAGAGUCAGUGCAAUCAGCAGAGACUCCUGGUGAGAAGGUGGAGAAGAUAUUGCCUCUGCUGAAGGAGAAAGUAGAAAGAGGAGACACACAAGCCGCCUUUUUCUUGGGACAGUUAUACUACGAGGAGGGCCGCUGUGCAGAAGCUGAGAUCAUCUUUGAUGGCAUUAAAGAUGAAGAUCCUCGAGCUCUGUAUCAGCUGGCUGUCAUUUAUUACGAUGGCCUUGGAAGCAAAGAAGACCUUGGUAAGGCAAUUGAGUACAUGACAACAGUUGCAUUCUGGGAUUCGUCAGAAUUGGGCUGUAUCAGAUACGCAGCGCUGUAUAACCUGGGUCGGGCGUAUCUGGAGGGUUUUGGUGUUGAGGCGUCCAGCGCUGAAGCAGAGCGGCUUUGGCUCCUGGCAGCUGAUGAUGGAAACCCGAAUGCGAGUGUGAAAGCGCAGUCGUCUCUGGGCAUGUUUUACUGCAGACCGGAGACUCUCGACCUCAGAAAGGCGUUCUUGUGGCACUCGGAGGCAUGUGGUAACGGCAGUCUGGAGUCUCAGGGCGCUCUUGGCGUCAUGUAUCUCUACGGUCACGGAGUGCAGAAGGACCCAGAUGCUGCCCUGUUCUGCCUAAAAGAGGCGGCGGAGAGAGGAAACGUCUAUGCGCAGGGUCAGCUGACAGCCUGCUACUACAACAGGAAGCUUUACUCCAGAGCAGCAGCCCUGGGAGAAAGAGUGUGUGGAUAUGAGGACAUCAGUGCCAUAGCGCGGCACACAGACUGUCUGGAGGAGUACAUCAGGAAGGGCAUCGCCAUAGCCAUGUUUUACUACGCACGCUGUCUUCAGCUGGGCCGAGGCGUCUUGAAGAACAGAGACAGAGCGAAGAACUACUUCACACAGGCUGCCAGGAUUGAUCCAGAGAUCUGUAAGGAGCUGCAGAUGGACGUCUUACACGGCAGGAUAUAAAUCACACAUGCAACAAUAAUCAGUCACUGAAUAUCAUCAUUGAAAUUGAUGACUGGAUACAAAUCUGACUGUUAAACUGACUGAGUUCACUACACUUUGCACUAAGAUGUUAUAUUAUAAUCGCUCUUCUGGCUCAGGCAUUUUUUUGGAAUGCUGAUGAAUCAAUAUGUUUAGUAUUACUUCGGUGUCAUAUAAGAAUGAUGCAAAGCAAAAUCUUUUAAAAGUCUAGUCAAAAAUGCAUCUUCAUAUUUAAGAUGUUUUUGUUUUUUUUGAGAGAGAGAUUUUAAUUACAUCUUGAAUAUAUAUAAAUACAUUGAGUAUACAUAAAAAAAAAAACAUUUAGAAAAAAAAUUAAAACAUGUUUAAUUUAAACAAACAACAUUUUAAUAAACA